CGUCAAGACGGUGCACGCGGCGCCACGGCAAGCAAUUUUUCAAUUCCGCGGUCUUAAUAAAUACCAUCCGGUCUUAUUCUUGAAAUAACAAAACGUAAUAUCUAAGUACCUACUUAUUCCAGACAAAAUGGACGUUGAAUCAGGAAAGGAUGAUUUAAGUGUUGAAGAUGGGAAAUUGGUUGUUUUCGUCGAUAUUGCGUACAAGCUCGAACAGGCUGCAAAAAGAGGUGGAUGGAUUAAAAAGAAAACCGCUGAAAAUUAUUCCAGUAUCUUGAAUGAAGCAUGUGGCGCCAUACGACCUGGCCGCCUUACCUUCAUCCUAGGCCCAUCUGGCGCCGGGAAAACUACUCUUCUGAAAAUAUUAGCUGGGAGAAAAAAGACAGGCGUAACAGGUUAUUUACACGGUGCAGGUCGUAACUCGGUGCUUGUGAGUCAGAAUGCUACGCUUUUGGAUACGCUGACAGCAGGGGAGACGCUAUUGUUUGCAUCCAGACUCAAACUGCCCAACGUCAACAACCGCGAGCGGUCACAUGCGAUAUCAACAAUAUCAUUACAGUUGGGUAUACACGAGACACUGAAUACUAGAGCAGGACAUCUGUCUGGUGGUGAGAGAAAGAGACUUACCAUUGCUUGUGAACUGUUAGCUGAUCCUACCAUACUAUUAUUAGAUGAACCGACCAGUGGCUUGGACUCAGUAUCAUCCAUGUCAGUGGCCCGAGCUCUACAAGCCAUAGCUCGUAGUGGCCGAACUGUAGCCUGCGUCAUCCAUCAACCCUCUUCUCAACUGUUUACGUCAGCAGAUGACGUGAUACUGCUGGCGAACGGCCGCACUCUAUACGCUGGAUCUGUAGCUGACUUACCUGACACACUAGCCAAAGCUAACUUCGUAUGCCCACAAUACUAUAAUAUGGCUGAUUACUUACUAGAAAUAGCGAGCGGUGAAAGCUCUGGCAACCUAACACUCCUGGAAACUGAAGCUAAAAGUUUUACAUAUGAAAUGAAAAGAAUUGCGAAAAAUGACAUCGAAGAGAAAAGUGGAAAAGUGAUAAAUACGGAAGCGGAAGCUCUUCUAAAUACACAAAGCACACAAUCACAUGGGUAUGCGGCGAGUUCAUCUCAACAACUAAGAGCUCUUCUUUGGCGUUGCUACAUUGGGGCAUUGAGAGAUGUACACUUAACUCAAAUCCGGCUAGUCUGCCACUUGAUAGUGGCGCUGCUGCUGGGGGCAUUAUACAACGGCGCAGGCGCCGAUGCCGCCCGUGUUAUGUCAAACACCGGUUGCUUGUUCUUCUUCUUACUCUUUUUGUUCUUCUCUAAUGCCAUGCCACCGAUACACACAUUUCCUGUUGAAGCAUCAGUUGUUCUACAAGAGCAUUUGAAUAAAUGGUAUUCUCUGACAACAUACUGCGUUUCCAAAGUCUUAGUAGAUUUGCCCGUACAGCUACUAUGUGCAACCCUGUUCGUGUUCCCAGCGUGGUACCUCACAUCACAGCCGUUAGAUUUAAACAGAAUGGGACUGGCGUGGUUCAUAUGCGUCCUACUCACCAUACUAGCUCAAACAUUUGGACUUGCUGUAGGAGCCGCGUGUGGCGUUAAGCUCGGACUAUUCGUUAUCCCGGCAGCAAACAUACCAAUGCUCAUGUUCUCCGAAUUCUUCAUUCCUUACCGUGAGAUACCGGUCUACCUCCGUCCUUUUGCCGCCAUAUCAUAUUUUCGUUACUCCUUCGAUGCAUUUCUGGAGACGGUAUACGGACUAGAACGGCCAAAGCUUCCGUGUUUAACAGAAAUAUUCUGUAUGUUUAGAAAACCAGAAGAUUACCUAGAAUAUCUCGGUAUUUCCAGGGAUAUUAAUAGAGAUAUAAUAGCUUUAAUAGUGUGGAUAAUUUUUGUACAAAUACUACUAAUCUCAGUUUUACUGUUCAGAGUUUACAGAGCCUGUAGAUAGUGAUCGAAUAAGGUGCCUAACCUUAUUUACGAGUUUAACAAGAAUGAAAGCCCUAUAUAUGA